CCAGAUCGGGAUGCGACAGAGGAGUUUUUCGAGUAUGACGCGGAGGAGUUUCUGGUGUUCCUGACCCUGCUCAUCACAGAGGGACGGACGCCAGAAUAUUCGGUGAAGGGCAGGACCGAGGGGCUGCACUGUCCGCCCGCCCAGUCGGCCAUGCCACCUCUUCACAAGCAUGAAUGCAGUGAGAAAGUGCCACAGUGUCGGCAGGCGCGGCGGACUCGUUCAGAGGUGAUCCUGCUUUGGAGGAAUAAUAUCCCCAUCAUGAUCGAGGUCAUGCUCCUGCCUGACUGUUGCUAUGGCGACGAAUGCUCACCGAGUGACCCUAUCAGUGACCCGGUCAUCAAGCAAGACGCGUUGUUGCUGGAGAGAUGGACGUUGCAGCCAGUUCCGAGACAAAGCGGUGACCGUUUCAUUGAGGAGAAGACGUUGCUGUUGGCCGUGCGCUCGUAUGUUUUCUUCUCGCAGCUCAGCGCCUGGCUCAGUGCCUCCCAUGGCAUCGUUCCCCGAAACAUCCUUUACAGAAUCAGUGCCGCCGAUGAAGAGUUGGUGUGGCAGUUCCCUCAGCCGCCAUCCGAACACAUUUUCCCCAUCCCUAAUGUGUCCCAAAGUGUUGCGCUGCAGGUCCGUGUCCAGUCGCUGCCCCGCCAGCCUACCUAUCCUACUCUGGCUUGCAGCAUUCACACUGGCCUGCCCCCGCUCUACAGCAAAGCCCCCAACCUCAACCCAAACCUCAACAGCCAUGGUGGCCUGCCCACUCUACGAAAAAGCCAGGAGCCUAGCAAGGAGAACCAACAUUGCUCCAACAUUUAUAGCAAGAGCUCCAGCUCUAUGUCGGGCCUCCUUCUCAACGGAAUGCCCAUCCCAAAUCUUCCCAUCAACAAUAUUCCCAUCAACAGCUUCCCACAAACGGCCACGCCACCCCCCUACAGCAAGAAAAAUCAGGAACCGGGUGAUAACCACACAUAUCAGAACGGAGAGCUACCACAGGUCAACACCCCCCAAAAUCAGGAAUCCCCACUGUUCCGCCAGUCAUCCAGCUCGCCCACACCCUCACGUUCCCCUUCUCCGCACCCUGGGAAAUGGCUCUACUCGUCCCUCAAUGGUUCAUCUGACACCCCACCUUUGGAGGACUAUAGAUGCAGUACCAACACUGGCAAUAGGUCAAAAGCACCUCUACCCGAGCCGCUUCGAGCCUUGAAGAGCUUCUCAUUAGCUGAGCCUACACGCUGCCCUUCGCCGCGGCCCACGGCAAACGAAACCAACCCCUUGAUCGGUUCGCUGUUACAGGAAAGACAGGAAGUUAUAGCCCGCAUCGCACAGAGGCUCAACUUCUGUGACCCCACAGCGCCACCGCUUCCCCCUGCCCUUUUUGCCACGGAAAACCCUCCCAAAGCCACCUGGGGCAGUUGCCAUGAUGACAUAGCCGCCAGUAAGACCAAAGAGCCAGAGGUACCCCCCUACGAGUGUGUGGGUUAUGCUUGGCCCACACCCACAACCGGCACAUCUUUCCACAAGCAUGAGACCUCCUCCCCAAAACCCGCAGCCUGCAGGAAGUUGAGAUUGACUGAGACACGAGACAAGAGUGCGGAGAGGGAUCGAGACGUGACGAGAGAGAGAAGCAACAACAAAGAGCGAGACGGAUCCCUCAUCGCUCAGGCAGUGCACGACAUUACUCGACUCAUCCAGGAAAGACUGUCCGUCCCCUCGCUGUCACCCAGCCACAGCAGGUGUGGCAGCCCUCUGCACCACACACACACAACAACAGUCACGCACACAAUACGCACAUAUUCACACCCUGCACACGUUCCACACGCCUCACAGGACUGCUACACCAACGGACACAACCACGAACUUAACAGGGGCACACCCUCCGCCGCCCCGUACACGCCUCUUUGCACAAACAAAACUCGGCUCGACCCGGGAACCGAUUGCCAUUCUCCUCGAGCCCAAAAUGGCGCCCACGCUACACUUGAAGAACCUUCACUCAGAGGCCAGUUGUAUGCUGGUCCACGUUUACAAACUCCCACCCAGGAAAACCUACCAGUCCACACAACCAGCAGUCACAUUUUCCCACCCUCCUUUGAGAACGGACCUAGAAAUGACAUGCCUUCCGGUCAGCCCUGCAAGAGAUCCACCUCCAGCUGUAACGCAAUCCAAAAUCACUGCAAACUUCAAUCAUCGGCAUGGGUUGACGCUUUAGCCCAGGAUGAGAACCAAACACCUAGACAGUCUCCAGAUGUAACUCCCCCUCCUACUGUCCUGCGAACUCAUGGACCCCCUCCCCUGGGGCCCUGUAACGGCUGGAGGAAGCAAAAUCGCCACUCGUUAGACGCCACGGCGACCAAGGCCUUCCACCCCUGCACGGGCCUGCCCCUGCUCUCUAGUCCUGUACCCCAGAGGAAAAACCAAUCGGGCUACUUUGACUUGGACACCUCUCUGGUUGGCUGUAAGGGUUUGCCUUGGGCUUCUGGGAAAAGGGUGUGCCCUAAGGGAGACGAGUACACAGAUGACUCUCAGCAGCUUUUUAGUGCAAGUGCUCCACCUGCCAGUCUCAGUCUUCUGGGAAACUUUGAGGAGUGUGUGUUGAACUACCGCCUGGAGCCUUUAGGGACAGUGGACGGUUUCGCGGCUGAAGUUGGUGCCAGUGGGUCCUUCUGCCCCAGUCACCUGACCUUACCCGUGGACGUGUCAUUCUACAGCGUCUCUGAUGAUAACGCCCCUUCACCUUAUAUGGGUGUGAUCAACUUGGAGUCCCUGGGGAAAAGGGGCUACCGUGUACCUCCAUCAGGAACCAUUCAAGUGACCUUAUUCAACCCGAACAAGACGGUGGUAAAGAUGUUUGUGGUGAUGUACGACCUACGAGCCAUGCCAGCGGGACACCAGACCUUCCUGCGCCAGAGGACGUUUUCAGUCCCUGUCAGGCGGGACUCAAACCAUCAGAUCAACAGGAAACCCCUCGCUUUGGGCCAGGCACGAACUCUGCGCUACCUAGUUCAUCUGAGGUUCCAGAGCUCAAAGUCUGGGAAGAUCUACCUCCACAGGGACAUCCGCCUGCUGUUUUCUAGGAAAUCUAUGGAGGUGGACAGCGGUGCUGCCUACGAGCUACAGUCAUUCACCGAGUCACCCAUCGACCCACCGUUCUCGCCCCGCUGCUGA